GGCAACACUGCCUGCAGGCCUGCAGCUGAUUCAGCCUCGUGAAAUGUUAUAGGUUAUGUAGUAAUGUUUCGAUUUUUUAGCUAAUAUAAAUUUUAAUUAAAUAUGAAUGAUUCUUUGGAAGAAUUAAUCAAAUUUGUUCAACUAGGCAGUAGACUGGACUUAAAAGCUAUUGCUGUUGAAACUAUUCUGGGCUUAACAGGUUCAGAUGAAGGUCUCAAGUCCUUAAUAGAGAAACCCCAAUUACUUGUCUCUCUUAUUACCCUUCUAGAAGAUAAAUCAGUGCCUAUAGCUAAAGAUGCCAGUAUGUGUUUAAUGAAUAUUUCCGCCAACGAAAAAGGAGCUACAGCUCUUGUUAAUUUAGACACAAAGGAAUACUGUCCACCCCUACAGAGGCCUCCUGAGCAUAUAGUCAAACAAGUUUUAAGUAGUAUUUUCAAUACUACAAGUCGAAUAGCUGAUCAGUGUUGUAUGAUCCUUUCAAAUUUAUCAAGACCCCCUCAUCUACUACAGAAAAUAAUCGAUAAUAUAGAAGAUAGUAAUCAUACCUUCGAUGACAUUAUAAAUAUAUUUACAAAAGUAGAAUAUAAUAAGAGUGGUGCUAAACUACACUAUUUAGGACCAGUUUUAUCCAAUCUUUCACAAAGCCAUAGGGUCAGGUCAUUUAUUCUUGAUAAAGACAAAUGUGUUGUCCAGAGACUUUUACCAUUCACUGAAUAUCAAGCUUCUUUAGUAAGAAGAGGUGGUGUCAUAGGCACUUUAAAGAAUUGCUGUUUUGAAGAGGAUUUUCAUGAAUGGUUAUUAAGUGAAGAUGUUGAUAUUCUGCCAAGGCUAUUACUACCAUUAGCAGGGAAUGAAGAAUUCGAUGAAGAAGAUAAUGAUAAAUUACCUCUCGAGUUGCAGUUUUUACCCCAGGAAAAAACUAGAGAAGACGAUCCAGAUAUAAGGUGCAUUUUGUUAGAAGCUCUUACCCAGUUGGUCACCAAGAAGCCAAACAGAGAACUUAUUAGGGAGAAAAAUACAUAUGUGAUAUUAAGAGAACUGCACAAGUGGGAAAAAGAUAAGAAAGCUUUAAUAGCUUGUGAAAACUUGGUAGACAUUUUAAUAAGAACGGAAGAAGAAAUAGGUCUAGAUAAUUUGAAAGCAAUAGAAGUGCCAAAGGAUGUUCAGGAUAAGUUUAAACAGAUGGAUGAGGAACAACUGUUGAAUACAUAACACUAAUUUAUAGCCAACAUUCCAAAUGAUUUUAAUAAAUAAUUUUAUGUACA